AUCACAAUUUACAAUCAAUUACAAUUCCUAUUACAAAAAACUCUUGAUGAUUGUGUAAAUUCAUUUGGACUGAACCAAAUCAAACCACCAGAGGUAAAAAGAAAGCAAAUCUUUCUUUCAAGAAAAAUGGGUAAUGCAUACGAUCCCUCGAAGUUCAAAGGGACGGAAGCAAUUCCGGUUAUUCCCGAUGGGUAUUUGAAGAAGCCCCUUUAUUUUCUUGAUGAUUCUGGAAAUAAAGUCCAGGUGGAAUUCCAGCCGGCGCCGGCCAGAGUUGAGAAUACAUCUCCUACAAGCAAUGAUGGUGUCUCCAGCACGAAUGAUGGUCCGGGUGAUGAUAAUCUCCAUAACAAAGAAACUGAGGCAAUUUGGUCUGAUUGUGUAAUCUGUGGUGCGGUACGACUAACUGAAAACAUGCUGCGAUCUGUUAAGUGUGGACAUAAUUUCUGCAAGGUAUGUAUCAAGAAUCAUGUUAACAGCGUGGUUAAGAAUGAAGCUAAGCAAGUAAUUCCGGCCGAUGUGCGUUGCCCUGACACAAAGUAUUGCACGGAAAGCUUGCCUGCAAACAUAGUCGUUGAUCAUCUUGAUUUAGACGUCAAACAUGUCUGGCUAGCGGUUCAUGCUUUCUGGGCUGAACAGGAUCGAGUUGCUGCUCAACAUGGUGAAUCUUCUGUUCAGAUUUCAUGAUUCUUAAAGCAAAAUGGGUAUAACUCUUUUUGUUCCUUAAUUGCAGUGCCCUGCUGUUGAAUUUCGGUUUAUUAUAGGGUUAUCAAUCUGUUAAUUGUUAAAAUUGUGGAUGCUCUCUCUAUUCAACAACUAGGAUGAAUUCGAUAGUGAUAUAUAUUCAGCGAGCAAUCCCACAGUAAUAAUGCCAUCUUGUAGGUUUGCUGCACUUCAUUGAUUGAUUGUUGCUUCAGAUUGUUUUGGUUUUAGUUUUCUCUACCAGUGGAUCCCCUGUAUUGAUGUUUCUAAAUUUGUCUUUGCAUGGUGUGAACUGUGAAUGGCAGUAUUUUCCAGUUCUAUUGCCG